AUGAUUUCAUUUCAAAGGUUGGAAUUCAAUAAAUGGGAUAUUUUGAGUGGUUUGAUAGAUGAAAAUUUGAUUGGAAAUGGAGGGUCAGGAAAAGUAUAUAGAGUGAUUACCAAGAAAGGCCAAAGAGUUGCUGUUAAAAGUAUAAGGCAUGAACAAAAGCAAGGGCAUGGAUUAAUGGAGAAACAGUUCAUAGCAGAGGUUAAGAUCCUUGGGGGAAUUUGGCACAACAACAUAGUGAAAUUGCUAUGCUGCAUCAGAGGAAAGACGACAAAGCUUCUUGUGUAUGAAUACAUGGACAAACAAUGCCUUCAUAAAUGGUUGCAUGGAAAGAAGAAAGGCUUAACUACUCAAGUCUUGAACUGGGAGACAAGACUAAAAAUUGCCAUUGGAGCUGCACAAGGCCUCUGCUAUAUGCAUCAUGAUUGCAGUCCACCCAUUGUUCAUCGAGAUAUCAAAUCCAGUAACAUACUCGUCGACUCUGACUUCAAUGUCAAGAUUGCAGACUUUGGACUGGCAAAGAUGAUGGCGAGUGAAGGAGAUCCAGAAACAGCAUCUGCUAUUGUGGGAACCUUUGGUUACAUUGCCCCGGAAUACAGCAGAACAAGAAAAGUGGACGCGAAGAGCGACAUCUACAGUUUUGGCGUAGUACUCUCGGAAUUGACAACGGGAAGAGAAGCAGUGACAGGAAAUGAGGAUAUGAACCUGGCACAAUGGGCACACAAAUACCAAAGAGAAGGGAACUCGGCUGCAGAUGCCAUAGAUGAGGAGAUCAAGGACCCAUGUUAUCUGGAGGCAAUGAUCGUUGUUUUCAAAUUAGGCCUUGCAUGCACUUUGAAUUCCCCAUCAAGCAGGCCGUCCAUGAAGAUAUUUCACAGAUUCUUCAAAGAUACAGCGAAAACAAUCAUCUGUCUCUAG